AUGUCUGCCAUUCUCCCAGCCUUAAUGAUAAUGGAACGAACCUCUGAAACUCGCGAGACUCCGGAGGAGCGAGCGUACAGAUACCGCCUGGCCACUUGCCUGCUGGGACCGCCGGCACUGUGGCCACGGGCCCGGCGGGAGGCGGGGGAGGAGGUGGGACCAGUUUCUCAGCUCAGGGCGCGACAGCGCUCGGGACACGGGCGGGGCGCGUCGCCGGCUUCGGGCAGGGCGUUGGGGCUGGUGACUCAGAGCUUCCCUCCGGGCCACGCCCUUCGCCGGCCACGCCCCGCGUCGUUAACCACGCCCUCCACUCCGUUGGCCCCACCCCGUGAGGAGGAGCCUCGCCUUCAUCUCCGCCCCAGACUCCGGGGCGGGCCGGAGUCUGAGGAAGAGGAAGGGGACGAGGACAACGAGCGACGGGCGGUGGAGGACGCGGAGGAGGAAGGGGAGGCCGACCAACAAGAUGGCCCCUGCUGCAGGAGCAGCCUCAGCAGCAGCAGGUGGGGGGCUGGAGGCGGCGCUGGCGGUGGCGGCUAUGGCCGUGCUCCCGCGGCCUGGGACAGAGUCAGAGUCGAUGGUGGCAGCGGUGGCGGCGGCGGCUGCCGCGACGGUGACGACGGCCGUAGGGACUCGGAGCUGAGAGGAGCUGCUGCUCGGACCAGCGCGGUUAUAUUUCACACUAUGUGCUGACUGUAUCUACAGAAGAUAUUUAAAAAAAAGAUAAACUUUUUUCCAAGAUUUUGAUUCCAGUGGAAUCUUUGCUUUAGAUUUUGUGUGUGUG